GGCCUCCCCUGCCACCAGCCCUUUCUGCGGGAGAAAAACCUUUCCGGAUCAGUCCAGAGAGUGGCUGUCUUGGCUGCAAACGUUCCUUUUGGAAGUGGGUAUCCACUGAAGGUGAAGUGGGAAGAGUCUGAUUCAAGGCUGCUUAUUUCCCGUGGUCUGGCAUCCUCACAGGACAGCCCAGAUUUGCACCGCUCGGAGUCUCAGGCCUGUGUCUAUCUCUACAGCCCAACUAAGAUCUCUCCAAUGGCCAACGAAGCUCAUCCUUGUCCGUGUGACAUUGGCCACAGACUUGAGUAUGGGGGGAUGGGACGUGAAGUUCAAGUCGAGCACAUCAAGGCUUAUCUCACCAAGUGCCCAGUCGACACGGGCAAAGCCGUGAUUGUCAUUCAGGAUAUAUUCGGCUGGCAGUUGCCCAACACCAGGUACAUGGCCGACAUGAUCGCAGGAAAUGGAUACACAACCAUCGUUCCAGACUUCUUUGUAGGGCAGGAGCCCUGGGACCCCUCUUGGGACAGGUCCACUUUCUCGGAGUGGUUGAAGACAAAAGAUGCCAGAAAAAUCGAUAGAGAGGUUGAUGCUGUCUUAAAGUAUCUGAAACAGCAGUGUCACACCAGGAAAGUUGGCGUCUUGGGAUUCUGCUGGGGUGGAGUUGCUGUCCAUCACAUAAUGAUGAAAUACCCAGAAGUCAGGGCAGGCGUGUCGGUCUACGGCAUCGUCAAAGACUCUGAGGAUGUGCACAGUUUAAAGAACCCCACGUUGUUCAUUUUUGCUGAAAAUGAUGCUGUGAUUCCUCUUGAGCAGGUCUCUUUGCUGACUCAGAAGUUGAAAGACCACUGCAAAGUGGAAUAUCAAAUUAAAACGUUCUCCGGGCAGACGCAUGGAUUCGUACAUCGCAAGAGAGAAGAUUGUUCGCCUGAAGACAAGCCCUAUAUUGACGAGGCGAGAAGGAACUUACUCGAGUGGCUGAACAAGUACGUCUAGCCACGGCCAAGUGCAAGCCUUCUCUAAAUCGCUCUCACCCAGAAAUUUGCUUGGAUCUAAUUUUCACUUUAUAUAAAAAAUAAAUCAAGGAAUCCUGAAAUUCAUGAUGCCAUCUGAAACACACAUUCAGUAGGCAAAGUCAGUGGAUGAAGUCCUUUCAUUUUUAUCAUGGGCAUAAAUAAAAAUUUUAACAGCAGGUCAGUACCGGAAGAAUUUGGAUGAGGGAGUCAUAUCUUAACUUUUAGUAAAAGCCUAGGUCUACCCAGGGACCAGCUGAUGGCUCAGCCUUGAAUGAAAUCCUUUAAAUUGACUAACUUGGCAAAACCGUGAAGUGCAUGAACUGUAAAAUCAGGUAGAUUAAAAGCCCAACUUGACUGGACAUUCAUCUCCGCCUUAACACAGGUGGAUUUGUCAUGUUCGUAUGUUGCACCAUGAGAUAUACUGAGAUUAAAAUAGGGUUCCGUUGACCUAAUUAUAUCGAGCUAAUAAACUUACUUUCUGAGUUUUUGAAUUUGUGGCUUUUUCUAAAAGCUAAUAAAACACGAUGGAUUGAAGUCAUCAUC